GCCAGGCUGUCUACCUGGCGGAGUGUCUUUUCCACGGUCGAAUGAGAGCGGCGGCGCGGCAAGUCAUGAAGGUGUUUGUGACGCGGCGGAUCCCCUCGGAGGGGCUGGAAGUCUUGGCCAAGGCCGGGGUAUAGCCAUUAUGGCAGGCCACCUUGCCCAGUCUCUCUCCUUCAGCUGCAGCGUCCAGCAGUGGGAUUCAGAUGAACCUAUCCCACAGUCAGAAUUACUAGCAGGGGUUGCUGGCAAAGAUGGGGUCCUGUGUCUCUUGUCUGACCGGAUAGACAAGGAGGUCCUGGAUGCAGCAGGACCAACCCUUAAAGUAAUUAGUACAUUGUCUGUGGGAUAUGACCAUCUUGCGAUUUCUGAAAUUAAAGAACGUGGAAUCCGAGUGGGGUAUACGCCAGACAUCCUGACAGAUGCCACCGCUGAGCUCACAGUAGCUUUGCUCCUAGCAACAUCUCGCAGGCUGCCUGAAUCGGUGGAGGAAGUGAAGAAUGGUGGCUGGACAACAUGGAAGCCCCUUUGGAUGUGCGGCUAUGGACUCUCUGGCAGCACAGUUGGGAUUAUAGGGCUAGGAAGAAUAGGACAGGCAGUAGCACGUCGUCUGAAACCAUUUGGAGUUAAUAAAUUUUUGUAUACUGGACGUCACCCCAGGCCUGAAGGUGCUGCCGAAUUUAAAGCAGAGUUUGUACCCCUUGCCAAGCUAGCCGAGGAGUCGGACUUUGUCAUCGUAACAUGUUCUCUGACGCCGGACACGCAAGGCAUGUGCAGCAGGGAGUUCUUUUGCAAGAUGAAAAAAACCUCUGUGUUCAUCAACACAAGCAGGGGAACUGUGGUAAAUCAAGAUGACCUUUAUGAAGCUUUGGUCAAAGGUCACAUUGCAGCUGCUGGUCUAGAUGUUACAACCCCAGAACCACUGCCUGUUGACCAUCCACUUCUUUCCCUAAAGAAUUGUGUGAUUUUACCUCACAUUGGAAGUGCCACCUAUGCAACAAGAAAUGCCAUGUCAGCGCUGGCUGCCAACAAUCUUCUGGCUGGUUUGAAAGGAGAAAGCAUGCCAAGUGAACUCAAACUGUGAGAAGGAAUACAGCAUGGAUUCAAGUUGUUGCAACUGUCUUAAACCUAGGCAAAUCUUCAUUUAUGUUUGACCUAAACUUAUAUUGCUUGAGGCAAUUUGUAUUUCAAGCAAAACAUUAAAACUACUGAUAUAGCAAA